AUGGCCAGGAAGAAGGUUCGACAACAGUUUGUGGAGAGUAAAGGGCAUGACCACCAACAGAAGAAAUCAUGGCCAUCCACUGCAACCAAAGUAGACCCCAGCUGUGAUGACUACUUGUGCUGUUGGACAUGGGCUUCUGCAGUUGAGAUGUAUGCAUUAGAGUUAGUGUUCAGUCAGCGUUGGGUAGCAGGUGCACUGACACUCAUUGCAAUGAAGUGCUUUGAGAGACUCAUGCUCUCACACAUUAAAGCUAUUAUCCCAGCUGAUCUGGACAAACACCAGUUUGCCUACUGGGCAAACCGCUCCACAAAGGACGCAAUCACAACAGCCCUCCAUAUUGCUCUGACUCACUUAAAGGAACUGAACACUUGUAUCAUCUUCUACGAGGACAGGAACUUCCAAGGUCGGCAUUAUGAGUGCAGCUCCGACUGUGCCGACCUUUCCCCUUACUUCAGCCGCUGUAACUCCAUCCGUGUUGAGAGUGACUGGUGGGUGUUGUACGAGAAACCCAACUACAUGGGAUACCAGUAUGUCCUGAGCAGGGGAGAGUAUCCUGACUACCAGCGCUGGAUGGGAUUCAAUGACUGUGUCAAGUCCUGUCGCAGUUACCCACCUCACCGAGGGGGCACCUACAGGAUGAAGAUUUAUGAGAAGCCUGACUUUGCAGGACAGAUGAUGGAAUUCAUGGACGAUUGUCCCUCUCUCUACGAUCGUUUCUGUUACCGUGACAUCCACUCCUGUCAGGUGAUGGAUGGUUACUGGAUCUUCUAUGAACAUCCGAGCUACAGAGGCCGACAGUACUUCCUGAGACCCGGGGAAUACAGGAGAUACAGUGACUGGGGAGGCUACAGCUCAACUGUUGGGUCCUUCAGGCGAAUGAGGGACUUCUAA